AUGCCCCCAGCCCAAACGCCCUCGCCAGCUUCGAAUUUCCUACCCACUUUCAGGUUCCGACGCCCACCAUGGGAGUCCCGAGAUGCACCGCAAGCGACGCCGGUCACGGCAGCCCCGGCAGCCCCGGGCCAUCGUGCAUUGGCGAGCAUGUUGGAGGGGGGCGAGGACGGCUUGUCAACGUCGUCGUCGUCCUCGGAGCCGGAGCCGGAGCUGACGAAUGCCGAGGAGGAGGGCGGAGGGAGAGAUCCUCGUACAGCUCCCCGGGCUCGGGGGGGAGGAGGGGAGGGGCACGAUUGGGAGGAAGGUGAGGACGACGAGGACCACGAGGACGAUGAAGAGGAGGGGGAGGAGGAGGGCGUCGUCGACGACGAGGAGGAGGAAGGUGCUUACGAUGAAGGCAUCCGAUCGGUCUCUAAACCCGAAUCCGCCAUGCCGACUCCCCAGCGGGCUACCCUCCCGCCCAGUCCGCCGGCAGAGGAGGAUAUCCAGUUGAUCACCGGGCAGAUGCGCCUCAUUGACAUUAUGCGGCGGACCAGACUCGAAACGGGCCGGGCCGAGCGACCAUCCCCCCAACGCGCCGACGAGGUCGGGCGUGCCAGCAGAAACCUUGCUAACCUGACCCUGAAUGAAGUGCCCAUGGAAAUCGACAACCCCUUCGAUCCGACCGCCUUGGGCUUGCGGGAGAUUGGGAAUCUGGCGAGCUGGACCGUGAGCAGCUGCAAGCCCGGGUGCGGCGUUGAUGCGUUGAGGGAUGACGACACGGGAUUGUUCUGGCAAUCAGAUGGUCCCCAGCCCCAUCACCUCAACAUCCACUUCUCCCGCCUCGUCUCCAUCCUCUCCAUCCGCAUCUUCCUCGACUUCGAGGCCGACGAGUCCUACACACCUACCCGGAUCACCCUGCUUGCCGGGACGGCCUACCAUGACCUGAUCCCCUUUGCAGCCCUCUCAUUCGAGCAACCGAAAGGCUGGAUUGACGUUCCCCUCGACCACGUCGGAGGCGCUCCUGAUGGCAGGACGCUAAGGGUUUUCUUGGUACAAGUCAGGAUUAUCGAGAAUCAUCAGAACGGAAAGGAUACGCAUCUCAGAGGUCUGAAGAUUUACGCGAGGGAUGACCGGGCUAGUCGAGGACUGAAUGGGCUGAUUGGCGAGAAGCAGCCGCAGCAGACCACGCCGGUGAUGGAGAGGCAGGCUCCGGCCAUGGAGAGGUCGUGGUUGGCCAAGCCGGAUUGGAUGGGCGAGCCGGAGCUGAGAUGA